AUGGCGUCGAUUGUGAGCAGGAGGCUAGUCCAGCAGCGCGCGAAUGCUAGCAAAUUUGGACGGGAGACAUGUCGCAGUUUCACAAGCUGCCCGUCAUGGUCCGCGGGACACAACCGGUGGUCGCAGAUCAAGCACGGCAAGGCAAAGAAUGACAAGGCGAAGAGCAAAGAGCGGCAGAUUGUGGCCAAGGCCAUCAGCUCUUCUAUACAAAUGUGGGGCCCAGAUCCCAAAUUCAAUCCCCGUCUAGCGCUCGCCCUCGCAAACGCGAAGCGCGCCGGAAUCCCUAAAACUCUCAUCGAGGCAGCCAUUGCUCGAGGCCAGGGCAUGAGUGUCACGGGUGAAGCUCUGGAAUCGGUUACAAUCGAAGCGAUCUUCCCACAUUCUGUCGCAGCGGUAAUUGAAUGCCAGACGGAGAGCAAGGCCCGGUGUUUACAGGAUGUGCGCCACAUUGUUAAGGAUGCUGGAGGCACUGCUACACCGACGGCAUAUCUGUUUGAGAAAAAGGGAAAGGUAGUCUUUGAAAGGAAGGAUGGUGUCAGUGCGGACGAGUGCUUGGACCAAGCUAUUGAAGCGGGCGCCACCGAUAUUACGGCAGAUGAAGAAGGGCGAGUUGUUGUCUACACGGAGCCGACUGAGACGAAAGAUGUAGGUGAGGCGCUUUGCAAGGCUGUCGGAUUGACGAUUGAGGAGCUGGAGAUAAUCUGGGCCCCCAAUGAAGAUACAUUGGUUGAGCUGAAAGAUGAGGCCCAGACGCAAGAUAUUGAGGACCUGUUGGGGGCCCUCCAUGAGGAGCCUAGCGUCCGUGACAUAUAUCUGAACACGACACAAACGUUCUGA